AUACGGAUAGCUAACGAGGCUAACGCAGAGGAAAAAAACCCAGCAGUCCGCUGAAGAUGAUGAGAUUUGUGCGAGCUGCUCUGCUGUUAGCUUUCGGCUAGUUAGCAUCCUCGUUAGCUAGCUAACUACCGUCUUCUUCGGAAAUUCUCCUGCACAUCAAAUGGACUGAUCAGAAAAGCCCAGAGAGACCUUUAGCUUCCUUUUUUUUUUUUUUUUUUUUUGAAAAGGGUCAUGGCGCAGCAGCCCGGCCCAGCUGAGAUCACCUGGAGUACAGGGUCUCCUGGGGUCACUGUCAGCACAGAGGACGACUCCAGAUUGGAGGACGGAGAUGAAGUGUGUGGCGAUCUCGGAAACGGCAACCCGGCUCCCUCUCCAGAUCCACACGGAAUUCGAGAAUGCGCCACUAUCUUCGUCGCUUUCAAGGGAAACCUCGACGACGAUGACUUUCAGCAGAAGCUUGACACUAUCUUGAAAGGAAUGCCCCAUAUGCUUUCAAUGGAAGGUCCCGAAAGACUGGCGCCCCAGAAAGUGGAACCCUGGAACAGCGUGCGAGUCACAUUUAAUAUCCCACGGGAAGCCGCCGAACGCCUCCGCCUCCUCGCCCAAAACAACCAGCAGCAGCUCCGAGAUCUGGGGAUCCUAUCAGUGCAAAUUGAAGGUGAAGGACCUAUUAAUGUUGCAGGGGGGCAAAACCGAGGGCAGGAGGUCAGGGUGAACGGACCUAUUGGGGCACCAGGUCAGAUGAGAAUGGAGGUUGGGUUUCCUAUGCAACAAGGCCCAGCUGGAAUGCGGAUGAACAAUCCUUCAAUGGUGCCCUCUGGUCCUGGCAUGGCUCCACAAGGUAUGGUGCCUGGAAGUAGUGGACAGAUGCAUCCAAGGGUACCAAGGCCAGCAACACAAUCGGAUUCAGUGGAUCCCAUGAUGUCUGGGCUCGCAUUGCAACAGCAGCAGCAGCAACAGCUUCAACACCCACAAACACCGCAUGGUCCACCCGCCCCUAUGGGCCAACAGGGCCAUCACAUCCAGGGCAUGCAGGCAAACCGGCAGCUCAAUCCGGCAGCCCUACAGCAAUUACAGCAGCAGCAGCAGCAGCAUCAACAGCAGCAGGCUCAGUUAGCACAAUUAGGUAGUGCUCGUGGCCCAUUUAACCCUUCAAAUCAGAUGCCAGUCCCUCCUGGUUGGAACCAGUUACCUUCUGGUGUUCUCCAGCCACCACCUGCUCAGGGGUCUAUGCCUCCAAAUUGGAGAAAAGCUCCUCCACAAGGUCAGCUAGGACAGCGUCCUCCUUCUUUGGCAUCUGUGCAAACACCAAACCAUCCUCCACCACCGUAUCCCUAUGGCAGCCAGCAGGCUGGGCAGGUUUUUAAUACCAUGGCUCAGCCGCAGACAGCAGGGGCAAGCCAGUUUGCAGCCCCUCAGCCCAAGGGUCCUCAAGGUGUUGUGGGUGUUGUUGGCCCGAGGGCACCUCCUCCCUUGCCCCCUGUGUCUGUAUCACAAGGCAGCCUUGCUGCCAAGUCCCCUGGAUCGUCGUCAUCACCAUUUCAGCAGGGUUCACCUGGUACCCCACCAAUGAUUGGACAAGGUCAGGGUCAGCUCGGUCCACGUCCAACAACUCCCCAGGGGUUUCCACAGGGUGUUGGAUCCCCAGGCAGGGCUGUGUUAGGGCAGCAGGGUAAUGUUCAGCCAGGCUUUAUGGGAAUGCCUCAGCUUGGCCAGGUUUCACAAGGAGGGAUGGGAGUUAUGCCAAAACGAAUGCCAAUGGGGUUCCAGAAUGUAGGUCAGAACUUUGUGCAAGGCCAAGCUACCGUGAGUGGUGCAGGAACCUCCACUGGUAGUACCCUUCAAAUUCAAAGUGGCCAAAAUAUGACGCAUACAGGUCCACCUCCUUCGGUUUCAACUCCGAAUCACAUGCAGCCCAAUUCUUUACCCCCUGGUGUAAUUAGCCAUCAUGGUGGAAUGGCUCCUCAGCCCCCAUCCACCUCUGGAGGUGUUAUGGGACAACCUCAGACAGGUUUACAGACUCAGAUGAUGGGAAUGCAGUCCCAGCUUCAAAAUCAACCUGUAGCUUCCUCUCAAGGUCAAAUGGUUCAGGGCCAAGCAGGAGGUCAGACUGUUCUGUCUCGGCCUAUGAAUCAAGGACAGCGAGGGAUGACCCCUCCAAAACAAUUAAUGCCCCCACAGGGGCAAGGAAUGAUGCAGAACCAGGCUCAGCUUGGUGGGGUACAGGGGCACCAAGCAUUAAUGAUGCAACAUCAACAACAGCAGCCACAGCACCAACAUCAACAACAAACAUCACAACAGCAGAAUGCCAUGAUGGAACAGAUGGUAGCAAAUCAAAUUCAAGGAAAUAAGCAGGCUUUUGGGCCCAAAGGUCAACCAGCUGUUAUGCCAGGUCAGAUGAUGCGAGGUCCAUCGCCUAAUUUGCAGGGCAAUAUGGUGCAGUUUCAAUCACAGCAACAAAUGACUCCCCAGCAACAACAGCAAAUGGCUCAAUUGCAGCAGCAGCAACAAUUACAGCAGCAGCAGCAGCAGCAACAAUUACAACAGCAACAACAACAAUUACAGCAGCAGCAGCAGUUGCAGCAGCCACAGCUCCAACUGCAACAACACCAAUUGCCACAACAACAGCUACAGCAGCAUCAGCAGCAAAUGGCUCAACAGUCGCAGCAGAUCCCAGUGAAUGGUAAUCUCAACCAACCGUUAGGGAUGCACGGUCCUCAGAUGCGACUUCCAGGACAUCUGGUCCAACAACAGCUCCAACAACAGCAACAGCUUCAGCAAAAACAACAGCAGCAACACAUGAUGCAACAGCUACAACAGCAGCAGCUGCAGCAGCAACAGCUACAGCAGCAACAACAGCAACUUCAGCAGCAGCAGCCUGGACAGCAGCCUGGACAACAGCACCCACAUCAGCUCGGAGAUGGCUCUGGAAACACAGCUGACAUGAGCCAACAGCAAAUGCUUCCUGACAUGCAAAUGGGCAAUGGACCUUUUCCUGGUCAUGGCAUGCCUUUCAAUCCCCAGUUUUCUGGCCAGAUGCCCAUUGGUGGACAAGCAGCUGGGUAUCCAGGGAAUAAGGACGUUACACUGACUAGUCCUUUAUUGGUUAACCUACUUCAAAGUGACAUUUCCGCUAGCCAGUUUGGGCCCGGUGGAAAACAGGGAGCGGGUGGGGUUGGGGGUAACCAGGCCAAACCAAAAAAGAAGAAACCACCUAGGAAAAAGAAACCCAAAGCAGGAGAGGGGCAACACUCUGCUGAAGGUCUAGGGGGUUUGGAUUCAGUUUCACAAGGAUUGGAUGAUGCCGAGUUGCAAGGUCUAGGUAGUGACCAAGCAGCUGGCACGGAUUCUUCCAACCCAAAGCUUCCUGAAUUUGCUAACAGGCCAGGCCUUCCUGGACAAUCGGGAGAUCAAAGAGUUUUGCAGCAAAUGGCAAUACCAUUUAUGGCCCAGCAGCAGCAACAGUUACAACAACAAAUUCAGCAGCAUCAACAGGAGCAGCAGCAGCAGCAGCAGCAGCAACAAAUGCAAAAGCAACAGAUGCAUAUGCAGAUUCCAGGUCAACCUGGAACACCACAAGGGCCACAACAAGGACAGCAUCAAAUCCAUCCACAUCACUUACAGCUUCAACAGCAGCCCCCACAGCAUAUGCAGCAGCAGCAGCAGCAACAACCACAGCAACAGCAACCACUGACGCAGCAACAACACAUGAUGAUGAUGCUUAAAAUGCAGGAACAAGCAAAGAAUCGACUUCCACUUCAACAAGCUGGCCAUCCCCAGAGAGCUCAUGUUAAUCCUGGUGAUCCUGCACAGAGAAUGCCUGUCUCCCAACAAGGGAACAUGCCUGUAAUGAUCAAUUUACAAGGGCAUGGAGGUGUCCCACCUUCUCCAGAAAAAGCCAGAGGCAUGCAGCCAGUAGUAAACCCACAGAUGCCUGCUGGAGCAAGAAGAAUGCCUCAUCCAGACAUUAGUCAGGGAACCCCAGGAAUGGCACCAGAGGAAGCAUCAGGCACCUCAAACUUGCAGGACAGGGCAUCAAUCGAAAUGGUGCCUCAAACUGGGAAUGCAGGUCAACAGACUGUUAAUCAAGGUCCUAAUUCUCAUCUGUUGAAAUCCGUACCUUCAGUUGGAUCAGUCUCUCAGCAACCAGGAGCGAGUCCGCAACAACAACCCCAGCAAACACCAAUGGCUGGCUCUCACAAUCUUCAUUUUCCCAGUGCUCCUUCUACUUCCCAAAGCUCUCGCCCUAAGACACCAAACCGUGCAAGCCCUAGACCAUAUCACCAUCCCUUAACCCCUACCAACCGUCCACCCAGCACUGAGCCAUCGGAGAUAAAUCUCUCCCCCGAGAGACUGAAUGCCUCAAUUGCCGGUCUUUUCCCCCCAAAGAUUAAUAUCCCACUACCACCCCGACAACCUAACUUAACUCGAGGUUUUGAUCAACAAGGUCUAAAUCCUACCACUUUGAAAGCUAUUGGGCAGGCUCCCCCAAGUCUGGCAGCUCUUAACAACAAUAACACUAGUGGCAAUAAUAGUGUUCAACAGGGUUUUACUCAAGCUAGUAAUGCUACGAACGCUGGUGCAAAGCAAGAGAAACAAACUGUUGGAGGGCAAACAAAGCGAGCUAGUCCGAGUAACAGUCGACGAUCUAGUCCUGCCACAAAUAGAAAAAUGGCCGCUCCUAGUCCAGGAAGGCAGAAAUGGACUAAGACCCCUUUAACCUCCAUAGCAAAUCAACAACAAAUGACAGGUUCUCAAACUGUCCAGGCCAGUGCUUCUUCUGUCCUCACAAGCCCCACUGUAUCUGUAUCCUCAAUAGGAACUUUAGAUUCCCAGCAAAAUCUAAACCCCCUGCAAGCAGUCUCUAGUAAUCCAGAUACCAUAAGAGAUACCCAAGUGCAGGGAUUACAGCUAGACCCACGUCAGACUGCACAAGUGGAAAGAGAUCAAUCUGCUGUUAGAAUGGCAAAUCAACGCAUGUCAUCCCAGGAGUCAAAAGUUCAAGACCGUAAUAUGCCACCUGAGCAACUGUCAGAGCAGAUUCAUGCAACACCGAACCCACCACUGCAAGAGCAUGGAGCUUCUUUUAGAGAUGCACCAACAUCUCUCAAUCAGUUGCUAGAUAACACAGACCCUUCGUCCUCGUCCACAAAGGCACCCAAGGUUACUCUUCCAGUAGUUGUAGAUCGAAAUUUGGUGGAGCAAGUGAGCCAACACAACCCCAGUACUGCCCAGAGCAGUGAGAGUGGGUUGCCCACUAGUGAACCUGAUCAAAAAUCCAAGCUUGCUCCAAGGUCUAGUCCAAACGUGAUUCAGACUGGCAAUCAUAGCCUUCAGUCAUCCUCUAGUGUACCAACUGUUAGCCUAAGUUCGUCUUUGCUUUCUAGCUCUGUUUCAACUGCUAGCUUACAUCCCAACCCUUCUGUUAGUACUAAGCAAACAGUCUUGCACAGACCCACAUCAUCAGGAUCCACUCAACCAAAUCAAAUAACUGUUUUUGUGACCCCCAAUCCCAUUAGUUCUGCUUCUAGCACAGCAUCUGCCGUGACGCCAGCCAUCGUUUCAACUGUGCUUGCAUUACCCACUAAGAGCAUAAGACCCCCAGAAGUGCACCAACCUAGUCCUAAUCAAAAUCGUCCUCCACAUUUUAUCACUGGACCUUUAUCACAGGUCUUUUUUCAAGUCCCGUCUGUCUCCGUACCAUCAAGCACCAAUGGGGUUCCUGUCACUAUGGUUGGGCCUAUUCAAGUAUCUGCCAAUAUUCAACUUACUCCCGCUCCAGUUUCAGGUGUGGCUUCAACUUUGUCUGCUCCUAUGGCGACACAUUCCCCUGUUGUAAGCAUAGCCACAAGUCAGCCAGGUCGGGCCGUGAUUGGACAAAUCCAAGUGCAAGUGCCUGCAAGUCAGGCAUCCUCUGUAAACAUUGUCCAUCCUCCUCAAAAAGAGAGCACUUCUGAAGCCCCAGUUUCAAAAAUAAGUUCUUUAGGACAGUCAUCAUCUGUACAACAUAGCACAUCUCCAGUUGUCCCCUCAUCUGUUCACCAACCUCUGACAUCUUCACCUGCCUGCUCCAGUCCAGGGAGUACUAGUACUGUUGCUCGCAGGAGUCCCCUUACACAACCAACAACAUCUAUUGCCAAGAGCAGUCCAGUUCAAAAUGUUUUGAGUAAGACAUCUAUUGCCCACACUGGUAACACCCAUCAGAUGCUACAGCAGACCACAACCCAGUCAGGAAAACCAAUAGACAGUGCACCAGCUCAAACCCCGCCUCAAGCGGUUACAAAGGCAACACUUCCUAGUUCUCUGCCUCCUACCACAUCUGUCUCCUCUGCACCAAAUGCACCUCCAUUGUCAGCAUUAAUGCCUACAGUUUCAGCCUCUGCAAUUAUGCAGCCACCAUCUUCCUCUUCCACCACAGCAGCUAGUCCUUCAGUGAUCACUCCCAGCUCUGCUGCCGUACCUCCUGCCAGUUCUGCCUCCAGCUCUCCAACAGUCACUACUAUACCUGCGCCAUCUGUUCCUUCUUCUGCUACAGUCCCACCAGUGACCAUUGCACCACCCACAGGUCCUGCAGCAGGCCCAUCUCCACUACUUCCAGCUGUAGAACCACAGCCUUCUACGGUAAUUGAGACAAGCUUGCCCGAGUCCACAAACUCCACGGCACCUGUUAAAGAUACUCCAACUCAAGCUCCGCCUGCACAGGAACAACAACAACAACAAACUGGCGAAGGAGUGCCCUCUGUCGCAGAACAGGGAUGGGCAAAGAAAAGAAAGACGCCCAUCGACUUAGCCCAAAGGGAAGCAAGAGGUCCGGCUGAAAAGGCCAAAGGCCCCAGCCGAAGGAGCUCACGGGCUGAGAAGGACACUGAAGAGGAAGUGCCUGAAAACGGACAGAGAAAGAGGGCAGCCAGACCGGGGUCGGCGUCUACCAACCCAGGGAAAGCUGCGGAAUCAAACACUGGAGCGAGUCCCACGCAGGCCAAGCGAAGGAAGUCGAAGUGAUCAUGAAGCUUAACACACCUGUGAAAUGUACAUUUCUCUCUCGAACUGUUUUAUCUGCUGUUUUUUCUGUAAUCAUGUUGCGCGCACGCGUGUGUGUGUGUGUGUGUGUGUGUGUGUGUGUGUGUGUGUGUGUGUGUGUGUGUGUGUGUGUGUGUGUGUGUGUGUGGUAGCCAUGUACAGAAAUGUUUUUAAAAAGAAAUUAAUGAUGUUUUUGUUCCCUGAUUCUAAGUGAUAUCCUAUUUACAUCUGUGUGUGUGUGUGUGUGUGAGAGUGUGAGAUUUGUCCUGUUUUUUAUAUAUGCUGGAUUUAAUCAUGAGGCCUGGUGAUAGAUUGUAUAAUAAUAAUGUUACAAAAAUGGAUUGAAAUGGUUUUGUGGUUUAUUUGUUUUUGUUUUUGUUUUGUUUUUUACUUCCUGUCCCUGGACAUGGAUUAGUUAAUGAUCUGCGCACUUCUCACCUCCUUGUUACUUGACUAAAUUUUGUUUAAGUUUAAAAUCCUUCUUCUUCAUUUUCUGUUCAUUUGGGCAGCUAAAUAUUUUUUUUCCCCCCCUGUACCAUCUUCUCUCACACACACUUUCCCCCCCGCAAACAAAAAUCUCAAUCACGUGAAACCUGAAAUUGAAAAUAAAAGCUUAAUUUCAAGUCAA